GGAUUCUUGUUUCCCUUCCUUCACGUCCCGUGUCUAUACCCCACCGGACUUGUCACUUUGUGUCUGCUAGUGGGGCCCUCCCACGAAAGACGACACUUAGGCAUCGACGGGGAAAGAUUAUUGGCAAACGCACAAAAAGCAGAGCAGAACAGUCCGCGGUUUGUCUCCGAGAGAGACUGCCGUUCGAGAAAGAACAAGAUCACAAUUCCGUUGCGCUGCGUUUUGGUACGAGCGAAAGAUACAUAGAUAGAAUAGAGCACGGUACACAGAGCGCAGMYWCCGGAAACCAUGACGCGGCACARAUCGCAACRCGYGGUGCUUUUCGGAUUGGCAUCUUGUGCCUUGAUCCUGUCGUUUGUAACCUACAGCAGGCAGAACAGAAAAAAGAGGAAGUCGGAACAGAAGAGCAAACCCGGUGCCUGUUCGUGCCGUGAUGGACAGCGAAUCACAAAAGCAACAAAAACAACGACAGCUGCCACGAAUGGGGUGCGCUGCAAGCCCAUGUUUCGAUGGCAGGACCCCGAACUGACCCGAACCAUCCUCGAAUCGGCGGACCAGAGGGCCAAGCGGUGGGUGUCGUUUUCCCUCCACGGAGCGCACCACAUGGUCGGCCAGGUGGGCGGGAGGUCCCACGACCCCAUCCUGAUCCUCGAYACGGUAGUGAUGAAACCGGUCCGGCGGAAACACACCGGGAUCCGCGAGGUUGCYUUCUACGAGGCCAUCCAGGCGUCCUCCAAGCGGUCGGGAUUCGACCGGUACUGCUCGCUCUUUUCGGAGGACCCCGGGAACUGCGACAGGGCCACCGUCGCGGAGGAGACCAAGCUGCUGUAUCGGCUGGAGCCGUACACCCCGAGGUAUUUUGGCACGGUGGAGUACCACGAGGGGCCGGAGGGAACCWCCRACCGGGCCGUACCGCCGCCGGACGCGGAAAGGGAGCCGGCGCUGCUCGGCAUCGGGCCCAGCUCGUACAUCCUCCUCAACAACGYGACGAAAACCUUUUCCCGGCCGUGCGUCCUGGACAUCAAGAUGGGGACCCAGACCUUCGAACCCGGCGCGCCGGAGGAAAAGAGRCUGGCCGAGCUGGGCAAGUACUCGCCGCAGCAGGAAACCUUUGGCUUCCGGCUGACCGCGAUGCGGAUCUACGACCCCUCCCACAACGACGCCGACGCCGAUGGCUACGUGUACUACCCGAAGCAGUUCGGCCGGUCGCUGGCGACCCGGGGAGAGGUCAAGGAGGCCCUCCUGCGGUUCCUGGGCGGGGCCGGCCUCCCCGAGCMRGUGCGGUCCCACCGGACGUCGGCCAUCCAGCGGRUCCUGUCCAAGCUCAAGCUGAUCAAGGGCUGGUUCCGGGACAACCGUUCCUUUUCGUUCUACGGGAGCUCGAUCCUGGUGGYGUACGAGGGGGACACGGAGCCGGACGACGUGAGCGGCGUCCAGCCGGACAUGGCCAAGGCCAAGAUGAUCGACUUUGGGCGGGUCCGCCGGCAGGCCGGCGGGGAUCCGGGCUACUCGAAGGGCGUGGCGACGCUCGUAAGCAUCCUCGAGGAGAUCCUGAGGGAGUCCUUCCUCGAGGARUCGAGGUACAUUUCCCCGAAACGGAACGGGCACGCCAUGAACCGCUAGUGGCGUGUGCGUGUAAAAGGACCGUUCCGCGGUUUCGCUGCCACUGCCACGAUAGAAACCCUUUUUGGGGGCCGUGCCAUUCGAUGAAAGUGCAGCCCCGAUCGAUGCCUGCCUGCCUGCCUGCCUGCCGCUCUUUGGAAUCCAUCUGCAUUGUGGCAUUUGUCUAUAAUUCGCGCUUCGGUGUAAUGCGCCACCCCUCGCGUACCAAUCGGUCGAGGUAUGGCCCCGAUGCCCGCUGCCGUUUCAUGAAAUCCACCGGCGCGGUGCGAUUGGUUUGCGAUUGCGAUUGCGAUUACAAUUACAGUAGUGACCAGAAAACAGUUKCACAAUAGAACAAUGUACAAACA